AUGAACCCUGUCACCGUCACCCAGGGCGUCAUUGACCUGACCUUCCACCAGGUAGUGGCAGCCGUCAUCCGCGUCGUGCUCGCCAGAUACGACAUCACCAUACUUGAGGUCGUCUCCGCGCCGCACGAACGCGCCUUUCAAGACCUCAGUUCGGGCCGCACGCAGCUCCUCGUCGGCUGGCUGCCAGGCUCGCACAGAGCCUACCUCGAACCCUUCAAAGACGAUAUACUCGUCCUCGGCGAGGCAGAGAGCUCCGCACCGGUGUACGACCCAUAUUGCAUCUGGGGCGUGCCCGACUACGUCCCCAUUGAGGUCGUGCGCUCCAUCACGGACCUCGCGAAGCCAGAAGUGGUGACGCGGUUCGUGCGCACAGUGCAGGGAAUCAACGCUGGUGCCGGAAUCUCGCGGUUCUCGAAGGAGAUUAUCGCGCGGUAUGGGCUCGACCUGCGCUUCGUCGAGGGCGACAUACCGACGUGCUGUGCAGCGUUCGAAGAGGCAUAUGCUAGACGAGAAUGGGUAAUCGUCCCGCUCUGGCAUCCGCAAUACCUACAUUCUCGGUUCAACAUCCGCGCGCUAGAAGAUCCAGACGACCUCCUGCGCGCACGGACACCUGACGCAGCGCGCAUCAUCAUCUCCAGCUCACUCGCUGCAAACCUGUCUCCUGAUACGAAUGCGGCCCUGCGCGGGCUCAGGAUAGGCAAUGCCGGCGUUGCGCGGAUGGACUACCUCCACGCCGUUGAGGGACUCAGCCCAGAUGAUGCUGCGGCGAGGUGGAUGGAUGAGUCAGGAUGCAGGAUAUGA